GGUUCGGGAGAUAUGUCUGAAGGAGAAGAAGAAAUCGAGGAUAAAGAGGGGGAAGAAAGAGAGCCGAAGAGGAAGGAAUCGAUAUUGACUCGAAUGAAGAGUUGGGUCCGUAUCUGCAUAUUGUUCAUUGAGAGCGCACUCAUAAGUGUGACCGCAAAACUCAACUCAUUGUCUCGCGAUUACCGAUACGUCGCUCGAAGACUAUCCGUUGAAAAACGGUAUUUAAAGAGAAUCCUUGAGAUUGAAGAGUCGAAUGGAUCCCGAUUUGACUUUAUGGACACCAACUGGAAGAAGAGAACCCUCUCGAAGAUUUCACAGUCAGCUGUUCCCAAAGAGACCAAAAGUAUUGGUUCAAGCGAUGAGUUGAGUCGAAAGAAGCGCACAAAACCCGAGACCAUUGAUGAAUCCAAGAGAUCUGACGACGCAUUGAUUUCAACGGAAACAGAUCUCGAGGACUCGUCUUUUCUCAAGUCUAACGUUUACAUGAGAUUCUUUAGAUCCAUAUUCUAUGCGAUUCUUUCGCGGUCUGAAGUGAUGUGUUAUAUCAUAAUAGUGUUGAACCAAAUAAACUCGGCGUCUAUUCUGUCGUUGCCGUUACCGCUGUUUGCCUUCUUAUGGGGUUCGUUGUCAGUUCCGCGACCAUCGAAGGCCUUCUGGAUCACUGUUAUCACAUAUACGGAGCUUAUAGUUGUCAUUAAAUACAUAUUUCAGUUCCAGUUCUGGCCAUGGCUUGCGAGCGGCAAAGUAGAC